AUGAGCUGGGCAUUCCUACGUGAUCUGCUGAGUGGAGUGAAUAAAUACUCAACAGGAGUUGGAAGAAUCUGGGUAGCAGUUGUGUUCUUAUUCCGCUUACUGGUUUACAUUGUGGCUGCAGAAAACAUCUGGAAAUAUGAGCAUGAUGAAUUUGAAUGCAAUAUCAGGCAGCCCGGUUGUGAAAAUGUUUGCUUUGACCAUUUUUUCCCUAUCUCCCACAUCAGACUUUGGGCUUUGCAGUUAAUCAUGGUCUCCACCCCUUCACUGCUGGUUGUUUUUCACGUUGCUUACCGAGAGAAUAGAGAGAAACGCCUCAACCAGAAGCUUUAUAAAAGUCCAAGACAUAUAGAUGGUGGAUUGCUGUAUACUUACCUUAUCAGCCUUAUUUUAAAAACAGGAUUUGAAAUCAUUUUUCUUGUUCUGUUUUAUAAAUUGUACAAUGGAUUCAAAGUGCCACGUCUUGUGAAAUGUGACAUAAGACCAUGUCCCAAUACUGUAGAUUGCUAUAUUUCCAAACCCACCGAGAAGAUGAUUUUCCUCUGUUUUUUGGUGGCAACUUCAUGUUUGUGCAUUGUACUAAAUCUAAGUGAACUGAGUUACCUCAUUUUCAAAUACUCCAUGAAAUGUUAUCUGAAGAGGUACAUCCAGAAACAUCAAGGUUCAAAAAGUGAUUGCCAGAAAUCAGGAAUCACUGUCAGCAAGAGGCAGAAGAGCACAGAGAGAGCCUUUGCCAUCAAUAGAGCACAACCACUGAGUUUAUCUGCAAGAUCACAAUCUCACUUCCCUUUCAGAAAGUGCCUUGUUUAUUCAGUUUUUAUGGUAUGGCAUAAGGACUCAUGUAUUUUAUAGAUAGAUAGAUAGAUACCAAACUGGUAUUAUCAAAAUAAACCAUCUGUUUUAUAAACCCACUAUUUACAAAACCGGUUUCUGAAGUUUUUUUGUUUUGUUUGUUUUUUUAACAAAAAUUAAACUAUACACCAAUCUAAGUUACAGAAACAAAAAUAACCUUUAUAAGAUCACAUGUAUAAAACAAGAAAUGAAAUGUGAUUUUAUUUAAGGCAAUACUGGGCUACUUCACAAAUCACCACCUCAAAUAUAUGCACUGCUCCACACUACUAAUUUUCUAUCACAUUCACAACGGAUUCUUUAAUACCAAAUAUUGUUUUAAAUCUCCAAUGUAGCAAACUAUUUUUAUUCACAUUUCCUUUGUUAUUAUGGAAUCAUAAAUGCUUUGUAUCCAAUUAAAAGCAAUGAAAAAUGUAGCUAUAAGAAAGCUAUUAUAUUUAUGAGUUAACUACAUAUAAGUAUCAUCCAUAGAUACUGGAUGUUAAACUUUAAAAAAAACGAAAGUGUGUCAGUACAUUUAACCUACGAAAUGUGAUCUUAUCCAGCUCCUCUUGAGUAAAUAAGUGCUUUACACAAAAGAAACUGGAUAUGGCAGACUUAGCUAGUUUUAGUUCAAAAGUUAUUAAUUUAAAAUGACUAAAGGACAGUUUUAAAAACUUGUUCACUUAGUUACAAAUUAAAAUUCCGAAUAUAAAUGU